UCGCUGAAAGCUCACCUGUAGCCGCCGAUUAUCAACCACAAUAAAACAGAAUAAAUUACUACAUCUAGAGCGAUAAUUUCGAGCGUUUAGAAGAGACUUAGCAGCGCCGUAGCCUACAUUAAGUAUUUCAAAGCGAAGCGCGCGGAUGGUGGUGAAACAGGUUACCGCGAGCAGACACCUGUGUGUGUGCGUGCGUGUGUGUGCGUUUCCUGCAGAGGACUGCUGGUCCGUCAGACUGUUUAUAUCAGAUCGCGCCAAAGAAGGGUUUUUUAUUUACCAAAGAAAUCAGCAACAGACGACUGAUCGUCAACUGAAGGCACGGCGCAGCGGCGAGUCCCGUGCCGUUCUGCUGAUAGCAAGGAAAGUGUGAACGAUUUACCCUAAUGAAACGCGUGUGCCCAGCGGAGACAGUGCCAGCGGCUAAGUGCUGAGAACGUGGGGGGGGGUUUUGGCCUUUUUGAGGGACCUUGGAAGACUGACAGCGGCCGUGCGGAAUGUAACAUUAACGGGAAUGAAUAAAUAAUUACGCGACUGGUCAGAAGCGCGCAGAUGCCGGAUCUCAAUACGGCGCUGGCCGCGGUUCUGAAGCUCCCGUAUGUUUACCACUGGGACCGUAUAUCUUCUUAUUAACACGUGUGCCGUUGAUGGAAGACAACGUAUAGAGAUCCUAUAGAUCCGCCGAGAAGAUGCUUCAAAGGCUCGACCUUAAGUAUCGCUUAAAAUCUUAAGAGAACUGGGUCAUAUCACAUUCGGUUUGGUUUGAAUUGGAAACAUUCACAGUGGGGCAGUGGAGAGAAUGCAAUAACUCUGGAUGAUAUAGAGAUCGCACACGGACUGAAAUAUGACCGGGAUAUAAUUUCAAAGGGGGGAAACGGAACGGAAAACAAGCCACAUUUCUAAGGACAAAGAUUCUUCUGCCAUGAUGCUGGCGGUGCGUAUUGAUAAACAUACGUGAAUACGGCUCCUCUCUAGAAUACCUGAAUUUAAUUCACGUAGUUUUUCCAGAGGACUAAAAUGAAGCAUGAAACGUAAUCUAGGUUUGAAAGUGAUCAUAGCGGCGGAUUUAGGAUCUCUGGAAACAUUACGUCGAAGACGAGCGCUAUUUUAAAAGAGCAUAAUAUGGUGUUAACAGCUAAGUAAGUUCGUUACAAGUGGACACUUGAAGUACGUUGGACUUUUAAUAUUUUAUUUAAAUCACCGGAGAAAAUCAAUUAAAGAAGACAUGACUCGAUCCUUCAUUUUUGUGAACUCGGUCGUACUGUUGCUCUUUGGAAGUGACCUGUUUUUGGUGCGAGCCAACCGCCCCCCCGCCCCUGUGAACGUGUCGGUCACACACCUGCGGGCCGACUCGGCGACCGUGUCCUGGGACGUUCCAGAAGGAGACGUGAUCAUUGGCUUCUCCAUCUCCCAGCAGAGGCAGGACGGCCACAUGCAGAGGUUGAUCCGGGAGGUGAACACCACGAGCCGGGCUUGUGUGCUGUGGGACCUGGAGGAGGAGACGGAUUACAUCAUCCAGGUGCAGUCCAUCGGCCUGCACGGGGAGAGCCAGGCCAGCCGGAAGGUCCACUUCCGCACGCUCAAGAAGUCCGACCGCUUCCAGUCCAACACCUCCAACCAAGAUGACCCGACGGUGCAGGGCUUGGAUAAGUCCAGGCAGCUGCAGACGGGGGAGAUGAUCAUCAUCGUGGUGGUGCUGAUCAUGUGGGCAGCUGUCAUCGCCCUGUUCUGCCGGCAGUAUGACAUCAUCAAGGAUAACGACUCGUCCAACAGCAAGGAGAAGGCCAAGCCCAACUCGGAGCGCAGUACCCCUAUCCACCACAGCGGGGGGCUGCUGAGGAGUAAGUUUCAGUCUGUGCCAUCUAUCAACAUCAUCGAUGUCUGAGACAAUUCCCACAGAAGGAACCCCAAAUUCCCCAAGGAGGAACCCCAAAUUCCCACAGAAGGGACCCCACAUUCCCACAAGAGGAACCCAAAUUUCCCACUGCCGGAACCUCACAUUCCUACUGAAGGAACCGGAAAAUUCCAACUGCCGAGACCCCACAUUCUCCCAGAAACAACCCUUAAUUCCCACUGCCGGAACCCUCAAUUUUCCACUGCCGGAAUCGGACAUUCCCCACAACCGGAACCCCGGUUUUCCCUCAGAAGGAACCCUGCUUUCACACAGCCUGUGUUCAUCCAGCCUCAACCCACUCCUCUCGCCUCCUCACCCACAUUGUACGCAGUUUUUCUAAUCCUGUGCAUGCAGCCUUUUUAAUCCAGGAGCUGUAAUUCUGCAUAGACACAAUGGAACAUUACGGUCGACCCUUCCAACACAACAUGGCCGCCGGUGCCAUGGCAACAGGAGGCUGACUGGGUCGACUGUGGAUGACUCAUGCGGUCGCGUUGUGAAAGAGCGCGCAGCUCGACACGUUAGCUAGAGAGAUGCAUGCUGGUCAUUACUCUGUGCUGCCGUCAGUGUGUGGUCCGUGAUCUAGCGCCAUUCUUACGUACUAAAGGAAUGCAAGAAUGAUAAUAUUAGAAGUAAUAAAAUGAUAUUAUAGAUGUAACCUGUAUGCUGACAUCCAAUAUUAAUAGGUUGUCUACCUGUGUUUUUCCCCAUUUGUUUGGUUGUGCUCAUACUGUGCCAAACGCCGUAAGACGUGCAAUAAGCCCCAUGUAGGAAUAAAGAGCAUCUAUGCACCGUG